UGGCACUCUGAAAACGUGUGGCAGCACUGCAUUCAUUUCAACCAGGUGGUAACGUCGGCGUUGCAUCGCCUAUUUAAUUAUUUUAUUUACCAAAACAAAUUGCCAGUUUUUAAGAGAUGAGCAAGCCAAAGCCCAGUUUGGAGGCCUUCUCGGCAGAAAUCGUUCUGAAAUCGGAAAAGGAACCCAAAAACAAUGCGGAGAUAUCAGCGAUCAGGAAGACACGAUUGUCGGGCGUGGAGCCGCACAAGGACAUAAAGGACAAGCCGGAGUCCCAGGAGGAUGAGCUGAUUUCCAUGGAGACGCUGCGCGAAUCUCCAGUACAGUGGCCAGAACGAUUUCCCGGAAUGGAUGAGUUCCUCACCAUGAGCGAUACACCCAUGUACACGCCCAGUGUGGAUUUCGGCAACAAUCUGACGCCCGAGGACAUGGCCAAGAUACACAGAUUGGGGCAACUCACUCCGGAGGAGCUGGUCGAAAAGAUAAAGUCAAUGCAUGAUGAGAUCUACCAACUGGGCCUACGCGAGGCCAAGGAGAUGACCCGCGGGAAGCUUCUCGGCAUCUUCGAUCGCGAACGUAUGCACAAGAGGCAGACGUAGUGACUGCUCUUUAUAAGAUUUUUGUUUAAAUUAAUUGUAAAUAGGUUUAUGUGCCCAUCAAGUCCGUGUUUAAAUAGAGAAAAUAGAGUCAAUGCCAGCAUGUGCAACAAUAACUAACAUUUAUUUCCAAUUAAAGCAGUUUUUGGGUCCUACGUUAACACGAUUACACGAGUGUAGUACAGUUCACAGGAUAUUAAUGGAAAAUGUGGCAAGAAG